ACAUGGAAGUGGGCGGGACUUAGGUUCUGAAGGCGAAGAAGCUAGCCGCUAGCCUCCCGGCGCUACAGGCUCUGGUUCUAUCUCUAGCCGAUCGACAUGGUCCAACUAGUGGGUUCCCUCAGGAAAGAGUUGGCGGACUCCCUUUCCACCUGCAAGGUGCUGGUGGUGGGAGCGGGAGGCAUUGGCUGCGAGCUGCUGAAGAACCUUGUCCUCACCGGCUUCAAAAACAUCGAAGUGAUUGACUUGGACACAAUUGAUGUCAGCAACCUGAAUCGUCAGUUCCUCUUUCAGAAGAAGCAUGUUGGCAAGUCUAAAGCACAGGUGGCAAAGGACAGUGCCUUGCAAUUCUGUCCUAGUGCAAAUAUCACUGCCUACCAUGACAGCGUCAUGAACGCUGACUACAAUGUAGAGUUCUUCAGAAAGUUCAUGCUGGUGAUGAACGCUCUGGAUAACAGAGCGGCCCGCAAUCAUGUGAACAGGAUGUGUUUGGCGGCUGAUAUCCCUCUGAUAGAGAGUGGCACUGCGGGUUACCUGGGACAAGUCACAGUCAUCAAAAAGGGACUGACUGAGUGCUACGAGUGCCAACCUAAGCCUACCCAGAAGACCUUCCCAGGCUGCACCAUCAGAAACACUCCAUCCGAGCCCAUACACUGCAUCGUCUGGGCCAAGUAUCUCUUCAAUCAGCUGUUUGGAGAAGAGGAUGCAGAUCAAGAGGUGUCACCGGACACAGCAGACCCAGAGGCCACAUGGAACCCAGAGGACACAGCAGCUCGUGCCACAGCCUCAGAAAAGGAUGGAGACAUCAAGCGCGUCUCCACCAAGGAGUGGGCCCGUUCCACUGGCUACGACCCCGUCAAACUCUUCAACAAGCUUUUCAAGGAUGAUAUCAUGUACCUGUUGACCAUGGACAAGCUGUGGAAGAAGAGGAAAGCUCCUACUCCUCUGGACUGGCACAAGCUGGAGGACAAGCUGCGUCCUCAGGAUGACACUCCAGUUUCAGGGCUGAAGGACCAGCAGGUUCUGGGUGUGUGGGGUUACUGCCAGCUGUUCCAGCACAGCGUGGAGACUCUCCGCUCCCAGCUGCAGGAGAAGGGAGACGGUGCUGAGCUCGUCUGGGACAAGGACGACCCCCCAGCGAUGGACUUUGUUACAGCUGCGUCAAACCUUCGUAUGCACAUCUUCAGCAUGAACAUGAAGAGCCGCUUUGAUGUUAAAUCCAUGGCAGGAAACAUCAUCCCUGCUAUAGCCACAACCAACGCCGUCAUUGCUGGGCUCAUCGUGCUGGAGGGGCUCAAGAUCCUGUCAGGGGAACUAGAAUCCUGUCGCACGAUCUUCCUGAACAAGUGUCCCAACCUCAGGAAGAAGCUGCUGGUCCCAUGUGUCCUGGAUCCUCCGAAGGCCAACUGCUACGUCUGUGCCAGCAAACCAGAGGUCACAGUCAAACUGAACGUCCACAAAACCAUGGUCCUCUCUCUGCAGGACAGGAUCCUGAAGGAAAGGUUCGGCAUGGUGGCUCCAGACGUUCAGAUAGAAGACGGAAAAGGGACAAUCCUCAUCUCCUCAGAGGAAGGAGAGACAGAAGACAACAACAGCAAAUUCCUCUCAGACUUUGGGAUCCGUAACGGCAGCCGCCUGCAAGUCGACGACUUCCUGCAAGACUACACGCUCCUCGUCAACGUCCUGCACACUGAGGAACUUGAGCGGGAUGUGGAAUUCGAGGUAGUUGGUGAAGCUCCAGACAAACCUCCGCCACCGCCACCGCCGCAGACUAACCAGGAAGAGGGAAACAGCAUCACCAAUGGCAACAAGGACACCGCCCAGCCGUCCACCUCCUCUAAAGGUCAAUCAGAGGACGAUGACCUCAUGAUCGUGGACUCUGACGACGAGGAGGAGGAGGAGGAGGAGAAGAAGGUUGUGUCCUCCAGCUCUGUAGCGGCGGGCAGCAGCAGCGCCACCAAGAGGAAGCACCCGGACCCAGAGAGUGGAGAGAGCUCCACCAAGCGCCCCCGCACGGCGCAGUCAAGCGCAGCCGCCGCCAACGAUGACGACGACGACGACGACGACGACAUCAUCACUCUGGACUAAACCCGUCCUCCUUGGUCUCCAGAAGGACUGAGAACUCUUUAAAAGUGUCAUUUUUUUUUGACUUGAGACAGACAGUAGGCCGAAAUAAAACACCUCUUUUAUGAAGAACAAUUUACUGCCCAACUUUAUCUUUCGCGCCCUCCCCCCCAACUCUGUCUGUACUUUGAUCGCCCCCCUCCUCCCUCCACAUGACGCUGUAUAUAGAUUCUCCACUUAAAAACAGUUUGUUUUGUUGUUUUUCAAAAGUACACGCACGCAAACCUCUUUUUUUGUUAUUUUUAUUCAUUCCUUGUCCCUAUAUGAUGGUUAAAAACAAAAAAAUCAAGUGCUUUUUUUUGUAUUUUUUUUAUAAAUGUACUGUAUUUCUCAUGCUACACAAGUCAGGGUGUUUUUGUGUGCUUUGUGGUCAGGUUACAAACCAUUUGAAACCAAAAUAAUGUUGUGGAUGACGACAGUAAAAGAGAGGUUGACCUUGGAGUGUGCAGUUGUGUAGGUUCUGUUAGUUAAUGGGUAGGUAAAGCACAGAGGCACAGCCGGGGCAACUUUCUUUAGCCACAUGGUGAUUUUUGGGAUUGUGAGUUUGCUACCUCUUUUCUAGAACUGACGACGUUGUGGCUAAGGACGAGCGACUGUGCCCUCCAUAACACCACUGCAGUGAGGCAUCGGCUCUUAGAUAUUUAAAAAAAUAAAAUAAGAAGUUCUUCAAACAGCCAUAGAGCAGCAGCAGCAGCACAGUGGAGCAAACACGGCUCCCUGUGAACCUGCAACCUUCACAGGCUCCGACUAAGCACAAGCAGCUUAGAUCCAGACCGCUAUAGUCGCUGUGUUAAUGUUUCCACAUAAGUGGAUUUUUUUAUCGGUUUAAAUACUUAAUGUGCAGAACAGGUGGUAGAUUGAUUUGUGAUGGAGAUGGAGUAGAUGAAGUCGGUCAUGUGUUGUACUGUAGAGGUGAAACUUGGACGCUGGUGGUGGAUCCUGCUCUUAUAUAUUUAACACACACAGACAGUCACAGGUGAGCAGCUGCUCCAGUCCAACCUCUGUCGGUGUCCAUGAUUUCAUAUUUCAUUGUGAUAUGACUUGUUCUUUGAAGGCUGCAAGGAGCCGUUUUGGACCAAUUUGAUGAAGACAAUAAAUUUGACCAUGCAGAA